AGUAUCAUUUAUGUGAUUCGAUUUGCCUUUGUGUAAUCUCAGCGACAUUUAACUGAAUUUGGACCUCUGGGUUUCCAUAGGUCUACAAGAUGAACUUUGACAAUGCUGCCUUCAAACAUCGUAUGCCUCAACAGAAGACUGCUCCUGGGUAUGAGAAACUUCCAAUGAAGCGAGGGAUCUUCUUUGACAUGUUCCCCUUCAGUGUCAUUUUCCGACGAGACAUGACAAUGUACCGCAUAGGAGAUGGCCUCAAAGAGGUCUUCUCUGACUUACAGGGCAAGAAGUUCAACGAAGAAUUCACUCUUGUACGGCCCAUGCUGGAAUUCAGUUGGGAUAAUAUUUACACACAUCUGAACAAUGUCUUUGAGUUACUCUCUAAGGCAGUUGUGGAGAGCAAGCAGAAAAUGAACCUGCCGAAACUGAGCAAGAAGGAGGGAGAAGAGGCAGAAGAGAAGGAGGAGAGUGAGAAGCCCAAGAAAGAGGAGAGGGGUAAUAUACCUUAUUUUCUUGAUGGUUCAUUCCUGGCAAGCUAGCUUUUUAUUUUUUUCAAAUCUAUAACACCAAUGCCAUCCAUGUGAGACUUGACUGUUCUCCUCCACUUGCCAGGUUAGUUAUACUAUUGGCAAAUGUUGUAGAACUUCCAAGAGAAAUAUUAAAAACCA